UUCUUCCGCUCCGCCUGAGUGGCGCUUGGCGCGUUCUGGGACUCAGCGCUGGUGUUGGCGGGGUGCAGGGCCCCUCUGCAGGUCGUGCUCGCCUCGGGGACUAUGGCCACCGACUCCUGGGCGCUGGCGGUGGACGAGCAGGAAGCCGCUGUCAAGUCGAUGAGCAGUUUGCAGAUCAAAGAAGAAAAGGUCAAAGCAGACACCAAUGGUGUUAUCAAAACCAGCACCACUGCAGAGAAGACUGAGGAGGAAGAGAAAGAGGACAGAGCUGCUCAGUCUUUACUCAACAAGCUGAUCAGAAGCAAUCUCGUGGAUAACACCAACCAAGUAGAAGUCCUGCAGAGGGACCCAACCUCCCCUCUCUACUCGGUGAAGUCUUUCGAGGAGCUUCGCCUGAAACCUCAGCUUCUCCAAGGGGUCUAUGCCAUGGGCUUCAAUCGACCAUCCAAGAUCCAGGAGAAUGCAUUGCCCAUGAUGCUUGCUGAACCCCCCCAGAACCUGAUUGCCCAGUCUCAGUCUGGCACCGGGAAAACCGCCGCCUUUGUCUUAGCCAUGCUCAGCAGAGUGGAGCCAUCAGACAGAUAUCCUCAGUGUUUAUGCCUAUCCCCAACAUAUGAGCUGGCACUUCAAACAGGAAAAGUGAUUGAGCAGAUGGGAAAAUUUCAUCCAGAAUUGAAGCUAGCUUAUGCUGUUCGAGGCAAUAAAUUGGACAGAGGUCAGAAGGUCAGUGAGCAGAUUGUCAUUGGCACCCCCGGGACCGUCCUGGACUGGUGCUCCAAGCUGAAGUUCAUUGACCCCAAGAAGAUCAAGGUGUUUGUUCUGGACGAGGCUGACGUAAUGAUAGCAACUCAGGGCCACCAAGACCAGAGCAUCCGCAUCCAGAGGAUGCUGCCCAGGAACUGCCAGAUGCUACUCUUCUCUGCCACCUUUGAAGACUCAGUGUGGAAGUUUGCCCAGAAGGUGGUCCCAGACCCCAACAUCAUCAAACUGAAGCGUGAAGAGGAGACUUUGGACACCAUCAAACAGUAUUAUGUCGUUUGCAAUAACAGAGAGGAGAAGUUCCAGGCCCUGUGCAACCUGUAUGGGGCCAUCACCAUCGCCCAAGCCAUGAUCUUCUGCCAUACGCGCAAAACAGCUGGCUGGCUGGCAGCAGAGCUCUCCAAAGAGGGCCACCAGGUGGCUCUGCUGAGUGGAGAGAUGAUGGUGGAACAGAGGGCAGCUGUGAUUGAGCGCUUCCGAGAAGGCAAAGAGAAGGUCCUGGUGACCACCAACGUGUGUGCCCGUGGUAUUGAUGUUGAACAAGUGUCUGUGGUCAUCAAUUUUGACCUUCCUGUGGACAAGGACGGGAACCCAGACAAUGAGACCUACCUGCACCGCAUCGGGCGCACGGGCCGCUUUGGCAAGAGGGGUCUGGCAGUGAACAUGGUUGACAGCAAGCACAGCAUGAACAUCCUCAACAGAAUCCAGGAGCAUUUUAACAAGAAGAUAGAAAGAUUGGACACAGAUGAUUUGGAUGAGAUCGAGAAAAUAGCCAACUGAGAAAGAAGCCUCCCCUGCGACUGGCGCCGCCCUCAGCACUGUCCCUGCCUGGGAGCCUAGUGCUUUCAUGGCAUAGGCCUGGACAGGCACCUCAAAGACCAAGGCCUGAGUAGAGACUACCUACCUCAUUCAGAAUUACGUUUGGACUUGACAGAAAUUUGCAAAUGAUGGGGGAAUUCCAAGAAAAGAAAAUGCAUUUUAGAAAAUAGUCCUAGCCAGGUGUGGUGG